GCAUAUAAUACACACAUUUUCAAACAAAAAACAAGAAAAGAAUGAAAAUUCCUACCGAUUUCUCUCUUCAAAUUCAAUUUCCCAUUCUACUCUUUUAACCAGACCAAUAUGCUCAAUAUUUUCAUUCAAGCUGCCCAAAUAAAACAAAUUUAAGUCUGAGGAAUGAGUAGCGAAGGAAUUGUGCAGCGGGCUCUUAGCAGCCUUGGAAAAGGAAUUGAUUUAACCUCCGAUUUUCGACUCAAAUAUUGUAAAGGGGAGAAUAGACUCGUUUUGCUUAAUGAAACGAAUACAAGAGAGCUUUCAGUUCCGGGUUAUGGAACAUUCAAAGACGUUUCUAUUGACAUCAAAUGCGAUAAAGGUGACCGCACGCGAUACCAAUCCGAUAUCCUCGAUUUCAAUCAGAUGUCAGAAUUCUUCAACCAGAAAUGUUCAGUGCCUGGGAAAAUUCCGUCGGGUUUGUUCAAUUCAUCGUUUGGUUUUCAGAGUGGAUCAUGGACUAUAGAUGCAGCAAACACAAAGUAUUUAGGGCUUGAUGGCUAUUUCAUUGUGCUUUUCAAUGUUCAUAUUGAUCGAUUUCCUCUUAUUCUGGCUGACCAUGUACGAAACGCUGUUCCUUCUACUUGGGAUCCAUCUGCUCUUGCCAGACUUUAUUUAAACUUGAUACAGGAACUUAAACAUAAAUUAAAACUUGAUUAUUCAAUUGUAGCUAGGGAAAAAGCUAAUGGUAUCACUGUUAUAUGUUCAAAGCGGGGUGGAGACUUGUCGACCACUACACAUUGUGAAUGGCUUCCAACUGUUCCGUCGAUGCCUGAUGCAAUUCACUUUAACUUCAUUCCUAUCACUUCUCUACUUAGAGGAGUUCCAGGCAAAGGGUUCUUAUCACAUGCCAUCAAUCUUUAUCUUCGUUAUAAGCCUCCUAUAUCUGAUUUACAGUACUUCCUGGAUUUCCAAGCUCACAGGAUUUGGGCUCCAAUUCACAAUGACCUCCCACUGGGCCCAACUAGAAGCAGAACCAUGCAAACACCUACUCUACAUUUCAAUUUGAUGGGCCCUAAACUGUAUGUAAAUACUACUCAGGUCACAGUUGGAAAAAGACCGGUUACUGGUAUGCGAUUGUACCUUGAGGGCAAGAAAUCCAACAGGUUAGCAAUACACCUCCAGCACUUACUGAACUCUCCAGUUCUGCUCCAAGACAAGCUAAGUGAUGCUCUAACUUGGCGUGGAUCAGAAGAAAUAUCGGAUGAUCGUUACAUUGAAGCUAUUCAGUGGAAAAAGUUUUCACACGUAUGCACAGUCCCCAUAAAAUACGAUCCAAGAUGGGCAACUGGUGAAGACAAUGCUGCGUUCAUCGUCACUGGUGCUCAACUUUACGUAAAGAAGCAUGACACAAAGAGUGUUUUGCAUCUGAGGCUCUUAUACUCUAAAGUAUCAGAUUUCUUUGUUGUGCAAUCUAACUGGAUGCAGUGGGCAUCAGAACAUAAUUCCAUAAAGUCUGGCUUCUUUUCAUCUAUAAGUACUUCAAUAACAGGAAACGUAGAGAAGGAGAAGGCACAACCAGUCAUCGUGGAUUCCGGGGUGUAUCCAACAGGGCCACCAGUGCCCGUGCAAACGCAGAAGCUCUUGAAAUUUGUGGAUACAUCACAAAUGUGUAGAGGGCCACUGGACAAUCCCGGACAUUGGUUAGUGACUGGCGCAAAACUAGACUUGGAAAAGGGAAAAGUAUGCCUGCGCGUAAAAUUCUCCUUAUUGAACAUAUGUUCACGAUAAAGAAGACAUUGAAUUAGGAAAGAUAUUGCCAGAAAAUCGACUCACCAGAAGAGAUGUUCGAGUUGAAAUUGAUCACUAUAUUUAAAAUGUUUUUAACAGAUUAGUCCUGUGAGUUCAGGGGAUACUCUCCAAUAUAUGUUAAAUGUUUUCUGUAAAUAGGAGGAAAUAUUGUCCAGUAUGAAUUCCAUAUCCUUGAUUCUUUAUUUAUUUGGUUUCAUUUUAUUAGCUA